UAUGAAUGGUGAUAGUCGGGGAAAUGGAACUCAUUUAUCUUUGUUCUUUGUUAUCAUGAAAGGUGAUUACGAUGCUCUACAAACAUGGUCAUUUCAAAAGAAGAUCACAAUGAUGUUAAUGGCUCAAGGAAAUGGUGAUCACAUGAUUGGUGCUUUUCAUUCUGAUCCUCGAAGUUCCUUAUUUCAGGGACCAGAGUCUGAUUUGAAUCCAUUUGGAUUGCCAGUUCUAAUUUCGUCGAUAGAGAGUUUAAGCAAUCUUCCGUUCAUUAAAGAGGAUACAAUGUUUAUUAAGUUAAUAGUUGAAUGAACAAAAAUUCUAAAUACACUCGCUCCUGCUUCUCUACCUUAGACACUGAAAAUAUCUCAAUUCUCUAUCAAUCUUAAAUUAGCUUUAUACUUAGGCAAACGCAACCCGACCUAAACAUGUUGCAAACAACUCUCCUAGCUCUUUCACAUAAUUUUCAGUUCUCUAUACAAAACUCUAUUUGUUGUAAAGCACUCAAUAGUGUUUAUAUAAGUUUUUUCUUGUUUCCUUCUGGUCAGCAUAUCCACAGUAAAGGAAUAUACAACAGUAG